CUUUAAGCUAUUUUAAUUAAUUAAAUAUUAAAUUAAUUAUUUAAAAAUAUUUGUAACGUAGAUUCUCAGCCUAGAGGUAGAUUUCUAUCGAUUUUUUAUGCAACCCUCUUAUCUUUUAGGCCCUAAAUCCAACCGUUCUUGUAGUGAAAAAAACGUGAGAAAAUAUCGCCGAAAACUCAAACAAACCAAAUUCAUUGGCCGCUUGUCGAACGAUUUAAAAAUAAAAUUAAUAUUCCCUCCAAAAAAAAAAUAAAUUAGAUUCAAAAGUCGACGGUUAUGAGAUGAAAAGAGAGGAAACGAUUGUUUACCUGCAAAUGAGGUCUCGGGAUUGGUCAAAACCUUUUGGCGCGCGCGACGCUAGCGACAAAACGGAACGCUUCGGAAUCACCUCUCCGUGCCGGUCCAAAGACAGCUUGUGAGUUCGUAAGUUGAUUUUAAAUUGCAUCACAAAAAAUACAAACAUGUCUGACGACGCAUCACCAGCACCAGUAAAGAGGGGCCGCAAGGCAGCAGCUGACAAGGUUGAGAAAGUCGUUGAAAAAGCAGAGUCCAAGAAACGCACCAAGAAGGAGGUUACAAAGAAUGACGCAGCUGCCGAAGGUGACUCAGACGGUGCAUCCCCAGCCAAAAGAGGCCGUGGCAGGCCAAAGGGAACCAAAAAGAAGGCUGCAGCCAAGGCUAAACCAGCUGCCAAAGGAGGACCAGGACGUCGUGGCCGACCAAAGAGGAAAGAGGAGGAACCAAAAUCCUCAGAAGAAGACGGCGAGGAAAACGAAGAUGGCGAAGGCGAAGAUGACGAGUAAACCUUUUAAUAAAAUAAUCAAUAAAUUAUUAAUAAGUUUUUAAGAGAAAUUAGUAGCCUGGAAUUAUCAGUAUGGGACGGUCUUGAUUUUAUUAAUGUAAAGUAAAUAUUUUAAUCACCAGAUUCUAUAUGAGUAUUAUUGCUUUGUUUUUGGUUCAAAUCAGUAUUGAUUGAAACUUUAAUUGUACAACUGGUUCUUGAACUGGUAGUUCUGAUACGAACCAAAACAAAGCUAUUAAUUAUGUGUACGUACAAUCUAGUGACUGGUGGUUUUAUCUCAUUCCAUUUAAUUUUCGUUUUGUAAUUAUUUUUAAAGUGUAAAAAAAGCCAAAUUUGACCGGCUUUGCCAUACUUAUAGUUUUUAAGUUUGUUCCGCGUUUUUAUUAUUACUUAUUUAACUGCUCAAUAGGUUAGGUUUAGGUGCUGACUAUCGAUUUAGCCAGAUAGAUAAUAAAGUAUUUUGUAAAAACAGUCAAAUUUUUUUGAUAUAAGUAAAACGUGUUUGACUAAACCUGACCUAGAAGCACCUCUGAUAGAUUUUAAGUUAAUUCUAAAUGUGUAAUAAUGACAAAAAAAAAAAAUGUGUGUCCUCAACUAUGAGAAUUUGAUAAUCUAAAUUCCUUUUCGUAAUAAAUAGACCUUACAGAA